UCCCCUCAGCGUGCCAGAGGGAGAGAGAGCGCGAGGCGGAGAGGAGGACAGGCACGGGCUGGAGCAGCAAGAGGCUCGAGGACGAGGUUCCCUUUGCGCGAGGAAAUCCGUCUUUUUUCCGAAGUUUAGUUACUUUUCGUGCGGGCAGGAGUAGCUGUAGUUUUUGCCGCUUGAUAAGAGCUGGGAAAAAAAAACGUCGGGGGUCCGAAUGGAAUAAAACUGUUACCUGCUCCAGGACAAACCACGCGACAAGAGGAGAUUGGUCCUUAAAUUUUUUCCUUUUCUUUUUAAAGAGUGUCCGGAAAAGGGACUGCGCGCCGCGGCCUGGUCUCUCCCCACCCCCCCCCUGCUCCCCAGCCACUGGGCACAGAAUGAAGGCCGCCGUGUUCCUCCUCCUCCUGGAGCUGUGGAUGGCCGCCUCGGGGGCCACGCGCUUCAUCCGGGACACCACGCCGAGCAGCCCCCGGGAGGGGCCGGGCCGGAGGGGCCUGACGGGGGUCGGCGCGGCAGGGUCCCCGGGCUGGAACGCCUCCUCGGACGUCCCGGGGCUGUCCAACCCGCCCCGCUCCUAUUUCCCCCCCAUGUGCGCGAAGCCCACGGAGAUCAAGCACGCGUUCAAGUACGUCAACACGGUGGUGUCCUGCCUGAUCUUCGUGGUGGGGAUCAUCGGGAACUCCACGCUGCUGCGCAUCAUCUACAAGAACAAGUGCAUGCGCAACGGCCCCAACGUCCUGAUCGCCAGCCUGGCCCUCGGGGACCUGCUGUACAUCCUCAUCGCCAUCCCCAUCAACGUCUUCAAGCUGUUGGCAGAAGACUGGCCGUUUGGAGUGCACGUCUGUAAACUGAUGCCCUUCAUCCAGAAAGCUUCGGUGGGCAUUACAGUUCUGAGCCUUUGUGCCCUCAGCAUUGACAGGUACCACGCGGUGACGUCCUGGAGCCGGGUGAAGGGGAUGGGCAUCCCGCUGUGGAAGGCCGUGGAGGUGACCCUCAUCUGGGUGGCGGCUGUGCUGCUGGCUGUGCCCGAGGCCAUCGCCUUCGACAUGAUGGAGAUGCCCUACCGCGGCAGCAAGCUCCGCGUGUGCCUGCUGCACCCCCACCAGGACUCCAGCUUCAUGAAGUUCUACCAGGACGUGAAGGACUGGUGGCUGUUUGGGUUCUACUUCUGCCUGCCGCUGGCCUGCACUGGGGUCUUCUACACCCUCAUGUCUUGCGAGAUGCUGAGCCGCAAGAAUGGGAUGCGCAUCGCCCUCAACGACCACAUGAAACAGCGGCGUGAGGUGGCCAAGACUGUCUUCUGCCUGGUGGUGAUCUUUGCUCUGUGUUGGCUGCCCCUCCACCUGAGCCGCAUCUUGAAGAAGACCAUCUAUGACCAGAAUGACCCCACCCGCUGUGAGCUGCUCAGCUUCCUGUUGGUGAUGGACUACAUUGGCAUCAACAUGGCAUCACUCAACUCCUGCAUCAACCCCGUUGCUCUUUACUUUGUGAGCCAGAAGUUCAAGAACUGCUUUCAAUCCUGCCUGUGCUGCUGGUGCCAGAGGCCCAGCAGGAACAUCGCCCCGACCGACGAGAGGGGCUCAGCGGCUCGCUGGAAGGGGCACUGCCACGAGAACGGGCUGGACCGGAGCAGCUCGCGAUCCAGCCACAAGUACAGCACCUCCUAGACGGUGCCCGCAAAGGGGGGCACUUGGGCAGUUGGGCAAAGAGCAGGGGGGCGGAGGCCAAUAAACAGGACUGCUCUUACCCUCCCGACACAUCCACCCACCACCCCCCCCCCGCCUGCUGGCACCAACUCGGCUCUACAAGACCAGACCGCACAGAACCAGACAACCAGGCUCUUGCGAGACGUAGCUCAACCUGGGAUUCCCUUCAAGGAAAACCACAAAGUAGCUGAACUUACUGUGGUAAGAAAUCCAGAGCAACAUGCAUUCGGGACUUUGGCCUGUUAACAAUGCAGCUGGACAACCAGACUGGGACAUGGAACUUCUCUCUCCACGAUCCUCUGCAUCAAAACCACCACAAUCCAGGUGGGUGGUCAAGAGGAAGGCUCCCUACACAUGGCUGUAUAGAACCUCCAUUUAUCCAUCAUCAGAAAGGCGCUUAUUCCUGGUAAGGAUUGUGGAAACCUGGUGCCUAACCCAGAAGCACAGGCUACAACCUGGAGAGGAUGCCAGUUUUCCACAGGCUGAGUGUAGAAUAACCUCAAAAUGUUGUAUAAACUAAGAUCAAGGAACAAUGGACAAAUAUGUUAUAGAAUAUUAGGAUUUAGUCCUAAUCCUGCAAACCGUGGUUCAGAGACAGUUUAGGAUGGAACACGGAUUAAAUGUAUUUGAAGCACUAUACCACCUGUACAUAGAUUUGGAAGUUUAUCACCAUCCGCACCAAUACAGGCAUUCAGUAAGCAAGAACCGGGGAAGAGUUUUUAACUAUGUGUAUCUACAUUAAUAUAUGGUACACAAUAAGAACAUUGUUUUUCAAUAUAGAUAUAUAGAAUACAUAGACACUAUUAUUGUUUUGAGUCCAUAUAAAUGACGCUGACCUAUUUAGCUGUGACACUGGCCUCAUCGUCACGUUAAACUGAUGUUGUCAGAAAAAAUAGAGCAAAAUGUCUGUUGGAGGGGGGACUAUAAAAGUAUUAAAAAAAACACAAAGCAAAAUAGAUCAAACUAAGGCAUCAGGAUAAGAUGCUGUACUAGUCACAUGUGCCUUCUUUUACUCUGUUCAGAAGCAGCCAUGCCAGACCAGGCAUGUGCAAGAAAUGCAUAUGAAAAACUCCAAAACAGAAAUACAAAGACACACUGAGUCCCAUGACACCAAUACACCUACUAGGUUAUCAGAGGUUAGAACUGUUCUUAGCACCUGGAAUAGCUUGGUCUCUGUUAUACCUCAAUCUCCUUGUUCAAAUUAUUAUUAUUUUUUUAAAAUAUUCCAUUAUAUAUACAUUUAUAUACUGUAUUAAUAGGCAUCAUCAAGAAAGUGUUACAUAAUGUAUAUACCUUGGAUUUCAUACAGCAUUCCUCUGAAUAGGCAUUUUCAGAAUUAAAGCAUUUUAUUUUGUUCUCUUGCAGUAUAUUUAUAUAUAGUAUAUUAUGCAGUAUAUUCCAGGGACAAAAUAUAGAAACUAUAGCAUUUUUAUUCAUGUAUUACAUUGAUCUGCUGUAUGUACCAGAGUGAGUAUCUAUUUGUAUAGCUGUGAAGACAACUCCCCUGUUCCAGACCUGUAUUUUACUUUAGUGCUCAUCCUAAAUUCCUCCACAACAGGGGAGGGGGAUCCUGUACUCUACUGUCGACUGUAUAUUUUAAAAUAUAAAGAACAGAUAUUAUAUUCAUAUUUUUUUUUUAAGGAAAACAUUUAUUCUAAAAUUUACUUUUUAAACAAAAAAAGCUUUUUUGAUACUGUUUGUUGUGGUCUAAAACAAAUAGAUAGCAAAUAAAAAUAUUUUAUCAUG